CUCGCCUCCCUCCCUCCCUCCCUCCGGCCGACGUGCGGAAGAGGCCGGUCCGGGCUCCAGGAGAGAACCCCACUAACCAGAGGCAGCGAUGGCGCUUCGGGAGGAGUUGCUGAAAGCCAUCUGGCAUGCAUUCACGGCCCUGGAUGUCGACAAAUGCGGCAAAGUGUCCAAGUCUCAACUCAAGGUUCUCUCACACAGUCUGUGCACAGUUUUGCAAGUGCCUCACAAUCCAGUGGCUCUGGAAAACCAUUUCAAGGAUGAUGAUGAAGGACCAGUAUCCAACCAGGGAUACAUGCCAUAUUUGAACAGGUUUAUCUUGGAUAAGGUUCAACCCAACAGCUUUGAUAAAUGUGACUUUAACAGAAUGUGCUGGACUCUAUCUGUUAAGAAAAAUCUGAACUGCAACACCUUAUUGAUCAGUGAUGACGAUGCCUUCAAAGUGUGGUGUAUCUUUAACUUCCUCUCAGAAGAUGUGUAUCCCUUGAUCAUAGUCCCAGAGGAGAUUGAGUAUUUCCUCCGGAAACUGACCGAGGCAAUGGGAAUAAAUUGGCAGCAGGAGCAGUUUGAAGAUUACAGAUCUCAUCUUGGAGACAAGUGGAGUGGCCUUUCUGUUUGGGAGUUCAUAAAAAUGGUUGGAUCAGGAUUGUACUCAAAGGCCAUGAACAGACAAACAUUGUCAAUGGCAAUCAACGAAGUUUACUGUGAACUCAUCCUUGAUGUAAUGAAACAGGGCUAUAUGUGGAAAAAAGGACAUAAAAGAAAGAACUGGAAUGAGCGCUGGUUUUUGCUGAAGCCUGAUUUAAUUUCGUAUUAUGUUGGUGAAGAUUUGAUGGAGAAGAAGGGGGAGAUUUCAUUGAAUUCUAAGUGCUACGUGGAGUCUCUACCAGACAAGGAUGGGAAGAAAUGUCUCUUGCUGAUAAAAUGCUCUGAAAGGAGUUUUGAGAUUAGUGCAUCUGACAAAAAAAAGAAACAAGAAUGGAUCCAAGCUAUUCAAACAGCCGUCAACCUACUAAAGGACGAAAGGCUUCCUCCGCACAUGGAAGGUCGUCAGAAACGGCGGGAACUACGGCAGAAACAACAAGCGGAGCAGGAAGAGAUAACACGGAGAAUGAAGGAGCUGCAGUUGGCAAAUGAAGAUAAACAACAAGAGUUGGAAAAAAUGCGUAAGGAACUAGAAGAGGCUGCAGAACAAGCUUCACUUGAGGAGCAGAAGCGUCUGCAAACUCAAAUGCAAUUGCAAGAUCGAUUUAGGCAGGAACUUGAACGAGAAAAAAAUAUCAGAGAGCAUAUGGAAGAGCAAGUGGCUCAAAAGUCUUCUGAACUGGAACAGUACUUGCAACGUGUCCGUGAGUUGGAGGACAUGUAUAAGAGGCUUGAGGAGGCCCUUGAAGAUGAGCGUCAGGCUCGACAGGAUGAGGAAUCUGUUCGUAAGCUUCAGAGCAGAUUGCUGGAAGAGGAGUGCAGUAAACGACAGGAUUUGGAGAAGCUUCAUUUACAGCAACAACAAACGAUCCAAUUGACUGAAGCAGAAAAGCAAGAAUUGGAAAAUGAGAGAGCUGAAAAAGAUCAGGCACUGGAAGAUGCAAUGAAGCAACUGGAGGAGCUUGAGUGGGAGAGACAGCAAGCUCUUGAGCAAUAUGGGGAGGUGGCAAAAAAAUUAGAGUUGGCAGCCAGUAAGACAAACAACUGGAAAGACAAGGUGGCACAACAUGAAGGAUUACUCCGACUUAUACAGCCAGGUUCCAAGGGUCCUCAGCUGAUCACUAAUUGGGGACCAUCAGCCUUCACAAAGGCUGAGUUGGACCUGCGGGAAAAGACCUGGCAAAAACAAAAAAACACAGCAACACAGUAAUCUGUCAUUUAACGUAUGAAGUAUUGGACUGUAUCGUGCAGGAUAAUCACCUGAGUACACACUGGAUGGAAGUGCCAAGGACAUAUUCGUUGUGGAAGUAGUUGUGAUUAUGACAAUGAAGUAUUUUAUACUAAAGUGUGAAUAUUUAGUGUCCAGAUAUACAUCGGGAGGACAAUUCAUUUGGUUAAUGUGUAUUUUUAUUAGGCUUUUCAAUAAAUGUUUUCAUUGCUUCAAAUAUUUUUAAAUUCUGCUUUCAGCAUUCUAUAAUUUUUGCAAUAUGUUUGAAAAUGUUUGUUUUUGCUUUGUCUCUUUUAUUGCAUUUACACUGGAAACUUAGAGCCAAAUCUGACUGACUUAGUUGAGUAACUUUGAAUUAACACAAGGUAAAGUAAGCUUGCAUUAUGGAUUUCAUUUAUAGUGUUGCCUUUUUUUACGCAAGAGAGGCAAUUGGUCAGAUGCUUGUGCAAUCUCAAUUCUAUGUCACCACUUGUAGACCCUGACAUGGUAAUUAUUUAGUCAAGUGCUUGAUAUUCUGUUUAAAUCAACAGGAUCUCAAGUUGCGCUUACCAAUAUGUUAAGGUGACAGAUACUAUUUAGAUAUUUUUGGCCAUGCAUUCCUUAUUUACUAUAGUAGUAUGAGUCUUUCCAAAUCCUAAAGUCCAGAGGCGAUUAGACUAGAUUAGGAUUAAGUUUCCAAAUUUUUUUAACCGAUGUGUCAGUAGGGUGGUACGAUCGCACAUCGAUAGAGUUGCUGCCUUACAGCGCCAGAGACCCGUGUUCGAUCCUACUGGUGCAGUCUGUAUGGAGUUUGUACGUUCUCCUCAUGACCUCCAUGGGUUUUCUCUGAGAUCCCGGUUUCCUUACACACUCCAAAGAAAUACAGGUUUGUAGAAUAAUUGAAGGCUUGGUAUAAUUGGAAAUUGUCCCUAUGUGUAGAAUAUUGUAAGUGUUUGGGGAUCGCUGGUUGGCGCUGACUAGGUGGGCCAAAGGGCCUGUUUCCGCGUUGUAUCUCUAAACAAAAGUGAAAAAAUUCACAAAGAAAAUGAAGGAGAUGAAUAACAGUGAGUGCUCUAACCUGUUACAGAACGGAAAGCUUGUCAGAAUUUUGUCUUGAGAUUGCAAGCACUAAGGAUGUGGAAAAUAUUGUCCUCAGUAAAAUUGCUGAAUUGCAUAUGUUUGUACAGUGACUAAUUAUUUGUUAUUUCUUAACCUAAAUCUUAAUUGAGCAUCAUAAUUUACUUGAUUUAUUGAUCUGAAAUGCUCCUUGAAAAAUUGCGUGGAUUAUUUUAUGAUUCAAGUUUGCUAAUAAAAAGCAGAUAUUUUAGACAGCUUUUAAAGUAGUGGGUGUGUCUUUCGUUUUAUCUAAAUGCAUAUUAGGAGUGAAUGCAAGCUAAAUCUAUCCAUUGCAAUUUUUGCUUGUGCAUUUUAUAAACUGAUGUACUACUAUUGAAUGUUUCUCAAUUGAACAGAUAAUCUGGUCAAUUGAAGUGAAUCAGUUGUAUUCUAUUCACAUCCACCAAGAAGCUUUGAAGGAUUGAAUUGCAAGUAAUUUAUUCUUUUAAUCAUUGCCUACCGCUCAACAGGUUUGUUAAAACAAUGGUUGAAUACAUGCACGUUCUACAUGCCAAUGGCCUUUUCAUAAGUAUAACAGUGUGUUUAUAGAAAUAAAUUGAAAUUUGUACAUGCAUGAGACCAAGUGGUCCUAUAGUGAGGAAUAACAAGUCAAGUCAAGUCAAGUUUAUUUGUCACAUACACAUACGAGAUGUGCAGUGAAAUGAAAGUGGCAAUGCUCGCAGACUUUUGUGCAAAAGACAAAGAACAAAACAACCAAACAAAUUAUAAACACAAUAACAGCCAAUGAAAAUACAAAAAUAAAGGCUAAUUUCUUGAAAAUACAUUUUGGCAGAAGAGGCCAAAGCAGCUAGUGUGCAAGGAAACUUCAUUAAUCCCAAAUGCAUUUUUACCCUAAAACAUUAUGCAAGAUCUGUAUCGUUUUGUCAUAAUGAUUGCAUUGAAAAUUUGUAUUGGCAGAAGUCAUGCGAAUUGCUGAUGUUGUGUGUUUAAUUUGCUUGUUGGUGAGAUGAAUGGCAGUGCAGUAAAGUCAAUUGGUUCACUGAUGAUCUGGACAAAUAGUAUUCAAGCCACACUGAAAUAAUCAGCCGAUUUAUCCAGUUUAUAUCAGAAAUGUUCCAGGUUGCAUCCAUUCUCUGCUGAGUUAGCUGAUUUCUUUCAGAGUAGCCAUCUAGUAGAAGGCAAAAUUGGCCAGUUCUCAUUCCUGAGAUGCUUCUUAUUAAAGAUACAAUUAUGUAGGUUUUGAAUGGGGUUAAAGUUAACAUGAUUUCCAGAGAAAAGGAACAGGUGAUGUUUUGUGUCAAGAUCCUUCUUCAGACUGAAAAAGGGUCUUGACCCAAAAUGUCACCUUUUCCCCUUUGUCCAGAGGUGCUGUCUGACCCCCUGAGUUACUCCAGCUUUAUGAGUCUAUCUUUGGUUUAAAUCUGCAUCUGCAGUUCCUUCCUAACCAUUACUUGAGAUAUUACUGUGAUCAUGGAUGGCCACAUGAUGGGUCAAUGUCCUCAAGCAUGAGGUAAUACAUAUCCGGCUGUAAACAGUCUACUUCCACAGAACAUUUAGAUCCUGGAUCAAUCUUUGCAUCAAACAAUAUUUUCCAAAGGAGUUCUUAAUGAAAUGUAUGAUAUUCUGUGGGAAGACUUUCGAACAUGCUCUAAUGUCUGGGAUCGACAUCGUGUUGAAUUUCAACUUCACAGCUAUGGGACUUUCCAUCUUACUGGGUAGAUCUCUGUUGUCUUUCUCAAUUUGCUGCUCGCCAUUGCAUCAGACAGGACACCCAGGCACUGUAUGUGAAGAAAAUGAUUUCAUCUAUUUUGAUGGGGCACGUCGGGCACUGGGAUCUACCAGCAUUGUUGGCUUUCCAUGGGUAGAUUUAGCCGUUGAUGGCACUCAGGUCCACAAAGACACCUCUCAAUAACCACGACAUUGUGAACUGAAAUUAUUUCACUUUCUCAACGUGCAGGUCAUUUUAAAUAACAAUAGUUUUCUCUUAAUGAAAGCCAUGCUUCUGUGGUUCAAAUGAUUCCUUCAUCCUGAGAAAAUCUUAAAUUACGGAUCUUUUCAGUGAAUGGCAGUGCGGGGAAGGAUGGGUUCUGAGGAUAAGGUUACCUUCAACUACCACUGGCUGACUCCCCGUACUCAUGUGUAGAUAUGAGAACCUUGCAUGUACCAGGAUAGCAGUGAAAAGUGCCAUUGAUUCCCUAAAGAUGAGAUAGUGUUACCUCCCUCCCUAGGAAAGAGGCUAUUGCAGCAUGAAUCAAGGAUAUGUGGAGACUUAUCAUUGCAUGCUGCAUCUGUAUAGUUUAACAAACCAUUGACCACAGCAGGUUGGAGACCGAGUAAGACCAGCCCUUUUACUCAGGAGUCUGGGGGCCAUGGAGCAAAGCCCAUAGGUCUUUAAGAAGGAACUGCAGAUGCUGGAAAAUCGAAGGUACACAAAAAUGCUGGAGAAACACAGUGGGUGCAGCAGCAUCUAUGGAGUGAAGGAGAUGGCAAAGCAAAGCCUAAAGGUCUGUUGUAUCAAUAGGACCAGGGGCAAAUGACAGGUUCCAGGUUGAUAUAUGUGGGCACUUGGCACCCACAGUCUCAUCUUGUUAGCCAAGCACUAGCUAUAUGUGCUUUCAUGAUGAUGAUGCAAAAUUAGAUUUCACAAAACCACAAUCCAAUCUUCAAUACCAAGAUAAUGCUGAAAUGAACAGAUUUCUGUUCCAGUUACUUUAAGAGCUUGCCACAACUUCUCUAUAUUUCCUCACGUGGAUCUUGGUUAGGGAGCUCAGACGGCUGCAUUAAAAAAAGAAUGUUUCCUGUGAGUAUCUCCACUCUGCUGAAGUAAACUGCUGUGCUGGUCACCUGGACAUAUCUUGUGUGACCAUGCAAUUUCCUUUGGCAUUGCUUCAUUGUGUGGGGGAGUUCCUGGAGGAGGCUACUGAAGCCAGGCGUAUCAGGAUCUUCUAAUGGUGGACCAGGCAGGUCUCUUGGCCCUCUCUCUACAUGUUGCCCAGGAACUUCCUCCUGAGCAUCAUCACAGGUUGUGUCUGAAUUAUUAUGGAAAUUGUGGCCUUCUCUGCAGAUUUUCUUGUUUUUGCUGUACAAGGGAGCGCCUUUAAGUGUUGAUGCCUUUGUUAACACUCUUCUCUGGAUUCUCUUUAAAUGCCAUACAGCAAAGUAUCAGGAACUACGUGGCAUUUGGUGAGGUCCUAUAAAGAAGCAUGUAGGUCCUCUCUCAGUGUUUUUUUUCUGGGUUUAAACCAUGCCCUGUUUCAGCAUGAUUUUUGUUUUUACAGUUUUGUGGUUCUUUGUGGGGAAACUCAACUGGGUGCUAGCAACUAAUGCAGCUGUCUUUUAGCAUAUCAAAAAUAGGAGCCAUCCAUUUUCUAGGGAGAUGUUAUUAAGUGUUACACUGCCCAAAACCUAGGGAGAUGUUAUUAAGUGUACACUGCCCAACAUCUUGAACCACCUUGAUACUUUACAUGGCCUGUUCCUUUGGAACGAGUAGGGUCUUCAAGAAAGGAAAGGAGAGCUAGGCAAUGUUUUCUUUGAAAAUGGCUUGACCGUUACAGUAAUUU